CCGAAUGGUACACCUAAAAACGCAGUAUUAUAUGUUCGAAGGUUUAUUCACUCCUCCACCGAACAAAAUGAAAUCCAGACGGGGAGGAAGUAUGGGUGGGUUAGGGGGGAAGCCUGGGCGAAGGAUGGACAAGAAAUCAGGCCGAGGUAUGAUGUACGAAAACGAAGGUUUGCGGAUGCGUAGUAUUGAAAUCAACGCUGAAGUUGAGAAAGGUCACAACGACCUGCGAAAACUUAAGAAGGAAAACGAAACUUUGAAACAGCAGGUGUGGACAUUAAGAGAUGAGUACGACAAGCUGGAAACAUUAGUAAAAGGUAUGGAAUCAUCUGGCAGUGAGGAUGAUGACGACGAUGAUGAUGAUGAUGAUGAUGACAGCACAGAGCGCAGCGUCACCGAAAAUGAUAACCAAAGAAGAAGUUCGACCAUGUCCAAAGAUACAAUAGAUGGUGUUGAUUUGCUGGAAGACACCGAAAAUGUUGAGAAAAUAUAUAGUAAUAACACUGCCCCAGGGUUCAGCAGCCAGCAACAGUCACGAGUAGAAGAGAUUUCUGCCUCUGGGAGUGGACCUAGUACCAGCGUUCAAUCUGGAGGAGGACCUUCAUUGAGCUCUUCCGCCGAUCAGUAUAUUAGCCCUCCGGAGCAUUUUAAUUUGGAUCAACUUCUUGACUUCGCAUCUUCUUUCCAUUAUGAUCGUCGGAAGCACUUGACUUCAGACGAGCCGCCCACCGUGGCCGUGACUCUUGCGAGUGGUGAUCGAGUGACAUCGCCGACCUUUGGUCUCUCAGACAAAGGGGCAUUGGGUGCUUCUGCUUUCCGCCGCAGAUCUGCGACGGUGAUAGAACAGGUUUCUGAAACUGGAGGUGCAGCCGUCAUUGAAGAAAUGCCAAAUACUUCAUCGUUUGAUGAGACUUCUUAUAACUUGCCAACCAUCACUGUACGACCUGAAGUUGCCGGACAAGGGACUUCGGUGACCUACACAAGAUCAUCAGCAUAUUAUUUUUCCAAUUCUCUGGAUGGCUCUCGUAGUCAGAGUUUGGGAACAGGACUCAAUGCUGCAGGAGGACCUAGAUCUGGUCCUACCCCGCUUUAUCCUUCAGGUUGUCCUACGAAUUUGAAGAACGGAUCAUCUUCACUGGACGCUGGUCUUCCAUUAGUAUCGGUUUUCCCUCCGCGUACUCCGUUGGUGCGUCUCUCUAGCAUCGAACCUAACACGCUUAUGGUCAGUGUUACGGAGAUGCCGCACUUGUGGGACAUCACAACCCAGGAAAUAAUUGAUGAACUCGAACAGCAAAUCGGUCCGUCACUCCCGGAUAUACAUGGGGUCAGGGUGGCAGGCCGUGCUGCCUACAUAAGUUUGGGAAGAAGGGAGCCGCUACAGCAACUUUUGAAUCGCGGCUUAACCGUUCGCGGAAAUAUCGUUCCGCUCAUCGACGUCACAAGAGAAUCUGUCGUCGUUGGUUUAACAGGAGUUCCGCAUUAUAUUGCGGAUGGAACGCUAUUCAUUCUCCUAGCGGCAUUCGGAACGAUCAUCGGGGAAAUCGAACGAAGAUUUUACAAGGGAGUUGACACUGGUGAGAGAUUUGUGCGGAUGAAGCUCAAGAAGCUCGUAAAGUUGCCCAAAUACGUCACAGUUGGCGGUUGCCGCAUUGUCCUUACUGUACACGAUAGGAUAGGAUCUAUGCUCCCUGAGUGGGCCCAUUUAACAACUGCGCCGUCUCAUCUCCCCGCACAACGUCCCCACGUUAACCCCCAACCGUCGACAUCUGGCAACGCUGAGAGCAUCUUUGUAGCUGAACCUUCUCCAUCGGAUCGACCGGUGGAUAAAGUUAUAGAUCCUUCUCUUAGAAAAGAACACCAAUUCCUUCAAACAGGUGAACUCAAGAUUCCAAAGACUUUCUCUACCCGCUGUAUUGUAAAUUUGAAAGUACCCGACAGAUCUUCAAGUACGGGAACAAUACCACGUCCCAUACAUCGCGAGGCUCCGCCUCCACCUCCUCCCAACAUCGUUCCACAUUCGCCAUUGAGCCCUGGGCACGUAUUGCGCGUAGGCUCUCUAGAUCGUAAUCCUCGUAUAAUAAAUCCUUUACCCAAUCCUUCCUCGAACAGUGCCUCCCAUCCGCCCAUCCCUCCCCACCCUCAGACACAGCAGGCUCAGCACUUGCCGACAAAUUCUUCACAAACUCAAAUAAAUGCAGCUACUCGCCAAAAUCCCCUUACACCCCACAGCCAACCGCUGCCAGACUGCACUCGAUCUCGACCCAAUUCAGUCGUGUUCGACGAAACUCCGAGAGACACUCCUAGAAAUCAGCCUCCGUCAUCACGGCCCGCGCCUUUGGCCAACGGAAUCUUGAGAAGGAGUUCUGUCUCCCAAGAACAAGAGGCGCUUUUGCCGCAAAGACAAACUACCACAGCGACUAUAAGGAGCAGAUUGCGGCUAGGAGGGCCACGACCCGCGGCAGUAAGAGGCCGUGGACAAAGCCAAAGGCAGUUAGGACGCAUGGAGAGCAUCAGUGAGAACACGAUCAGUGAAGAUGUCGGUGACGUGACGCCGCUAGGAAGUCGUUCCAGAAGAGACAGCGAACGUAGCUCUGUGAGCGGCACAAGUAAAACGAGCUCAGUUGCUAACAAACCGCGAAAGGACGUAAUAGAUUUGCCCUGGUGUGGUUGUUGGGGUAAUGGUUGCAUUUAAGAAUAAUUUUACUAUUGCGUUAUUAUUAGUGUUAAUUCUUAAGUUUGGUAUAAAUUGUACCUUUGUUCUUGAGAACAGUAAUCCGUUUAGGCUUCCCUUGGACCUCUUCCUAAA